AUGUCAGCUGUGGGCUGGCCUCGGGGUGAUCCGCCUAUGAUGCAGCAGAAUCAGGGCAGACAACCACCUCCACCUCAAUCUCAACCUUCACCUCAACCUCCACCUCCACCAGUCCAGCGACGCCCUACGAAUCCUCCGCCUGUUUGCUUUAAUUGUGGUGUAGAAGGACACUUUCUGGUGGCCUGUCCCAAAGCGACAAAAAACGCUCCUGGGGCUGUCCAUCCGGUUCCCUACCAGCCUUAUCCGGCUCAGUACCCACCGGCUCAGUACCCACCAGCUCAGCAGCAAUAUCCACCUGGGCCUGCACCCCACGGUGGUCCAGUUCAGUAUCCUCCUCCAUACCAACAGCCUGCCCCUCCUCCUCAGUAUGGUCCUCCGGUCCCACAGUACUCCUACGGCCAACCGCCACAACAGCCUUAUGGUGCUCCUCAGCAGUACCCCCAUCCUGGCUACCCACCAACACCACAGCCACCACCCCCCCAGUACAACCAGUAUGCUCCGCAAACUGUAGCACCUCCGUACAACAAUCCAGGCUACCAAGGUCCUCCUCCCCAGCAGUUUGGCCCGCCAAUUUCACUACCUUACCAACAGCCUCCUAAUCCCUACCCACCUCAAAACGCUGGCUACGCUGGGAAUUACCAAACACCGCCGGCACAGCACCAACCGCCUCUACCGCAAUGGAACCCUCCUCAUCCUGCUGCCCAGCCUUAUCACCAGGCGCCGCAACAACCCAGCUACGUGCCGCGAAGCAACAGCGUACAAAGAAACAACCCUGCGCAACGAGGUAAUUCUGUACAGCGUUCUAACUCUAUGCAGCGUGAAUACCAGGGCCACCCAGUAGAUCAGAUGCAGAAACAGCGAUCACAGUCUGCUCAACGUGGUCGUCGGUCGCAAUCCCAUCACUCCCAGACGCCGAAUUCUCGCCACAGCAGUGUCCAGCAAUCUUCGCGCCGACAAUCUCACGCUACUAUUGUCAUGGAACCCGAAGAAACACAAGAUUUUGAGACACUCAUAUCUAGUGGUGCUAGUACUCCUUAUGGGCGUUAUGGGCACGAUGAUGCUGCAAAGAAUGACUCGAAAACCGUGCCAAGCUCCGCCACUAGCCAAGAACAUGAUGGCCCAGAGAAGACAGAGGGUGGUGAAGUUGGAGAAGAAGAUGGAGCCGAAGCCAUGUUCAAUUGGGAAUUCAAAUACAUAUUCCAGGAGCCUAGGGCUAUUGAGACUGUUGCAUUGGCUCAGCCUUUAUCGGACACAUACACUCCCAAGUCAACUCCCGUGCCUCUUCUUCAAGCCUGGUCAACGACGGUACCCUCGAUCUCCCGAUAUGCGAGGAAGGACAAUCUAGAUGAAUUUCUCCGCCCCAUUCGAACGUCACCGCAGUGGUCAUACCUGCAAGAAGACCCGGCAUUUGCAGAAAUCGAUCCCCACUGUCCUGCUAUUCCUCUUGAUGAGCUUGGCGUCUGGAUUACUAUCCACCAUGCGGAGACGGACGAAUUCUUGGAAGAGGAAAAUGAGAACGAGAAUGAGAACGAGAAUGAGAACGAGAGAUGGAAUAACUCUCGGAAACGUGCUAGAAUUGAUGAUGUCACAGAGCAAGAUGAAGUUGUCAAGCGCCAGAAGAACGAAGAUGUGGAAGAUGAUCAAGAUAUUGUCAUGCGAGCACCCAAUGCUACGACUCCAGUUAUUCAUCGCAGUAGUACUCCCUUUCUUGAUACCGGCGACGAUGCAUGGGCUCCACUGCCUGGAGAAUGUGCCAGCACGCCUCAGGACCCAAAAGAAGCACUUCUGGCGUCUUUGGGCGUCACCGGAUCACCGAAACCUGUCCGAAAAGAGCCAGUUCCUGCUUACAUGAACGAUCUGGAGGAGGUCCCACGCGCUCCGUCGUCUCAACCAUCACACGCGACUCCCAUUCCUCCCAACUCUCAAGUAGCCAAUGGUACUUCCAGGGGAGUCGAUACGACUAUGCAGACUCAGACUGUUCCAACGAAUUACCAAAAGGCCCACCCUGUUCAGCAUGGUCCUGCAAUGAACCCUCACAACGGUCCUCAUAUGCAACCUCAAAAUAAUCUACCAAUAAACAACCAAACCGGUAUGCAGAUAAAUCAAAACAAGGUACCUUCGGCGCAAAUUCAAUAUGGUCCUCCAAUGAAUCACCAGAAUGGUCCAAUGCCCCACUCACACGGCCCUAUGAACAACCAACCCGGUGGCCAGGCUCCAUAUGGACCGCCGGCGAAUGGAGGAUUUGGCCAUAAUCAGACCCCAAAUCCACCUCCUGUAGGCUAUCCACAAGGAAACCCACCGUAUGGUCAUGCCGCAAAUAUACCGUAUCAAAAUAGACCUCCCCACUUCGGUGGACAAAAUGCUCACCAAGGGCCUGGGCCAGUACAAACAGCUGCUAUUCCUUAUAGCAACGGUCAAACCAAUCACUACGGACCUCCAAACAACUUCCCUCAGCCAGGACAUCCUCAAUGGGGACCCCCUCAGAAUCACCCUUACAAUCACGGUCAUUCUGUUGGUUUUUCUCAAGGCUUCCCCCAUCAGACACCAAAUCCGGGUCCACAGUAUGGUAAUCCUCAACACGGUCCUGUCGGCAACACAUACGCAAAUGUCCAGGCCCCACAAUACCAGCAACAGGGUUCUCCAAAGUAUGGUCCUCAACAAGGCCUGCAGCAGUACGCUCCACAGCAUGGGCAGUAUGGGCAACCACAAAAACCGUCUUUUGGUAAUGCGCCUCAAGUUCAUGGUCCAUACAGUGCACAACCACAAACCAGCCCUGCCAACUAUGGGCCAUCUCAAAAUGCACAGUGCCCUCAGAACCAGUACCAAAACGUUGGCCACCAGCCCGUGUUCAACCACGGGUUGCCAGUUACGAACACCCAAGGUCUCCCGAAUAACAUCCCUCAAACAGAUGGUUCCCCUCAAGGAACUGAACAAUCGUUCGGCGACGGACCCAACGGCAAAGCUCCGCAUCGCCAGGAUUCAGGAUACAUGAGCGCACGCGGCUCUAAUGGCAAUGGCCCUGUACCACAAGAUCUGACCGUCCAGGAUAGCGCACGAGAACCUCUCUCUGAAGAGCCCGCCAACGAUACUCCAAUCAAGCAUGAGAUAGACUUCUCGCCCCCAAAAAUGGCUCGAGAGGGAAGUGACCUAGGAUCCGUACCUUCCGACUCGACGGGAACCCCUUUGAGCCCUACAUCUGCGAUGAUUCUGGAUAAAUUGGAGGGCCGGAGAUCAUAUGGCGAGGCAAAGCCUGGAGAGAAGCGGAAACUCAGUCAGUCGAUUGUGAAUGCUCGCAGGAAGAAGGGACCACAACCAGUCGUUGCCGAGGCGUACGGGUCAGUCUGA